AUGGGUUGCGGAGGCAGCAAAGAGAAGAAUGCAAGUAAGCCGACGGAAAUGGCGCGUCCGGUGCAGUUGGACACACCGGUGCAACACGACGUAAAUAUCCCGGUAGCUGGUGAGGGUGCGACAGUUAAGGCGCGGCGGUCUCCGGACAAUCCGAUAGUAUAUUUUGAUAUUGCUAUUGGAGGACAGCCGGUUGGACGUGUACAAAUGGAGCUAUUCCUCGAUGUGGUGCCCGCAACAUCGGAGAACUUCAGGCAGUUUUGCACUGGCGAGUGCAAGGUUGGAGGAUACGUGGGCAGCACUUUCCACCGCGUUAUCCCCGAUUUCAUGAUUCAAGGCGGCGAUUUUAUGAGAGGUGACGGUACUGGUAGCGCCAGCAUCUUCGGUAGCGAGUCAUUUGACGAUGAGAACUUUCAACUCAAGCACACCCAUCCUGGACUGCUGAGUAUGGCGAACUCUGGACCCAACAGCAAUGGAUCGCAAUUCUUCAUUCUGACCGCUGCUACGCCACAUCUGGACGGAAAACAUGUAGUCUUUGGUGAGGUCCUGGACGGCAUGGACGUUAUCCGGAAGAUUGAAUCGACUAGGACUGGUCCUGGGGAUAAGCCGCUCAGUCCAGUGAUAAUUGCAGGUGCUGGUCAACUUGCAGGUGCAAAGCCAUUGGAAAGCUAA